AUGACGCUGUCGAACACUUCAAUAGCGGUGUUGAGGCAGCAAAUGGAUGAUAUUAACCAUGAGUUAGUUAAUAUGUUAACUAAUCAAAUGGGUACAGUUUUUAAUCCUGUGAUACAGGAAUCUGCUGAAAUAAAUAGGCAGGUGGCGAAUCAAUUGACACGCUUGUGUAACUUCCUGGGGCCAUUGGCUCGACAGAUGGCACAAGUGGUCAGACAAACCGUUCUUGUUCAGAUAGAGAUAGGGGCAGCAGAAGAUGAGACAGUCCACGAGGGACAAAUCCUUAGACCCCAACAAAAUCAAGGCGUUGAAUCAGGAGUAGCAGGACGUAACCAGAUGGUGUUGGUUAACCGACACCAAGAUGCUGAUCAAAUUGUCGACCAACAUCGACAAGAAUACUUAGCAGUAGAAAAUAAUUUGACAACUAUUGUCGAAAGGAUUAUGGCUAGGAAUGGUAUGAGUGCCACAUUGCAAAGGCCACUAUAUGCUUCCCCAUUGGCUGAAUUCAUUCUCCAAAUAGAGGCACCUAGGGGAAUGAAAGUGCCUAAGUACACUAAGUUUGGGGGAGAAUCUGAAUUGUCUAGUAUUAAGAGAAGAUUUGCGGAGAGUAUUGAUGAUUAUUUGAAUAAAUUCAGAUCAUUAAAGGCCAGGUGCUUUACGCAAGUACCAGAACAUGAACUUGUUCAAAUGACUGCUGGGGGGUUAGAUUAUUCCAUUAGGAAGAAAAUACACCCAACUUUUGUGAAGAGUAUGUCACAAUUGGAUGAUAGAGUUCGACAUCUCGAACGGCUAAGGUUAGAAAAAGUUAGACACAAUAAGGCUAAGAAAGAAAAAGUAGCGUUGGUCAACUAUGACGCGACGGAUCCAAUAUAUGAGGCUGAUUAUGCCUCAUCGACCGAAUUAGAAAUUGACAUGGCUGAGUUAAAUCCAGGAUCUGCUUAUGAGUGUUGA